AUGGAGGCGCGACGAACGUCGAGCGAUGAUGGUCGCGCGAGUGCGGGUGACGAUGAUGAUUUCGUCGAGACGUUUCGAUCGAAUCGCGCGUUGAUCUCGUGCGCGUUCGCUCGGGAACACGCCGAUGGACUCACGUUCGUCGACGCGUCGUGGCACAUGCCGGACGCGAAGAGAAGCGGACGAGGGGAGUACAUGAAGAGCAGAUUGCGCCCGGAGACGCGGUUCUUGGACGUGGACGCGGUGAGCGAUCGAGACGCGCGCGCGCCGCAUCAGUUACCGGCACCGGAGGCGUUCGAGGCCGCGAUGGAGGCGCUACGAUUGAAAAGAAGCGACAAUAUCGUGGUGUACGACCGAAACGGUAUGUUCAGCGCGGCUCGGGCGUGGUGGAUGUUUCGCGCGCACGGGUGGGACAACGUGCGCGUGCUCGACGGCGGCGCCCCGGCGUGGCGAGCCGCGGGGUACGACGAGGACGAGAGCGCGAAGGGAGAGGAAGAAAUUCUCGCGCACAUCGAUGCGUGCGCGGCGGCCAUGCGCACGCGGCGCGAAAACGAGGGUGAGGCGAAGAGCACAGAUUUCAAGGGAACGCGCGAGGAACUGGUGAAGACCAAAGCGGACGUGCUCAAGAAUCUCGACGACCGAUCGUUCCAGGUUGUCGACGCGCGCGGCGCGGCUCGAUUUCGCGGUGAGACGAAGGAACCGCGCGAAGGAGUGCGUUCAGGUCACAUUCCUGGAAGCAGAAAUGUCUUCUUCGGCGAAUUACUCGACGACGAGAAGAAGUUUAAAUCCAUCGACGAAAUGCGGCGCACGUUUGAGGCAAGCGGGCUCGAUCUCAGCGCUGGGGCUAGACCCAUCGUCGCGUCUUGCGGAACUGGCGUCACGGCGUGUAUCGUUGCGCUCGGUUUGCACCGAUGUGGGGUGGAGAACGUCGCCGUGUAUGAUGGUUCGUGGACGGAAUACGGGAUCGAUCCAGAAUGCCCGCUGGCGACGGGACAUCCCGAGUAA